AUCUGCACGGCCGCCAAAAAGUUGAAGAAACAUUGUAUUGGCUGCAAGAUGAAGUUGUUCGUCCUAUUACUCUGCAUAUUUCUUGGCCAUUGUGAGGCAUUAAGGAAUCUUGGAAAUUUGGCGUCCUCCAUGAAUCCUCUAAACAUGGUGUUCACGAACAGGUGCAUGGAAGAUCUGGGUUGCUUCUAUACCGGCGGUCCCUUCUUCAGCCCUCCAGUGAGACCCAUCAGUCUGCCACCUGUUAAUAGUCCGAAGCCAAAGUUCAUGCUGUUCACGAAAACCAAUCCAAGCAAGGCCUACCUGUUAGAAGCAACACCUCGCUCUCUACAGAAUUCGCCAUUUGACCCCAGUGCACAAACGAAGUUCUUCAUACAUGGAUUCAAGUUCAAACUUGACCCUCAAGGUUCCCAGUUUAAAACGAAGGACGCGUUGCUGAAGCAAGGCGCUCACAACGUUUUUGUAGUUGACUGGUCCGACUACAACGGCAUGCCUUACGAGCAAGCUGUCGCCAACACACGUGUGAUAGGCGCAGUGAUAGCGAAAAUGGUCAACUUUCUCACUAAACAGGCUGGUAUGUCACCGCAAAAUGUUCAUUUGAUUGGCCACAGUUUAGGAGCUCAUAUAGCUGGAUACACCGGAGAAAGAGUACGGAACUUGGGUCGAAUAACAGGACUUGACCCGGCUGGUCCAUAUUUUCGAAGAACGGAUCCGGCUGUUCGAUUAGAUCCAACUGAUGCCAUCUUUGUUGAUGUUAUUCACACUAAUGCAGCAGACAUUAUAUUUUCAGGACUAGGGACGACUGAUGCCGUUGGACAUAUGGAUUUCUAUCCGAAUGGUGGAAGUAAACAACCCGGAUGUGAUAACGCGAAAGGAGAAGAGGCGCCGCCUUCAAAUGAUCCCACCGCUGUCUUCGCCAAGCACAAAUGCCCUCACAUGCGAGCAAACACGUACUUUCAGGAAUCAGUGAAUCCCAGAUGUCGGUUUCAGGCCGUCUAUUGCAACAGCUAUGCCGACUUCGAAAGUGGAAAAUGCCGAAGCUCUUCGAUUGUUUCUCCAAUGGGAUUGCAUGCACAGAAAAUACCUAGACUGACAGCUCCAGCUAAGUUUUAUCUCAAAACAAAAGCAUCCUCCCCGUUCUGUCAAUGAUAGAAAGCAUCGGCAUGUAUGUGCACAACGUGCAAAAUACAAAUGAUUAUUUUCAAGUGGCAAAUUUAUUACCUAUGCUUCUUUAUUGAUAUGGUUUUAUAGUUUUUAGCAAUUUAGAGCAAAUAAAACUCAAAUAGCCCUCCAGAUUUUAUGUGUGAAACUACAUCUGUAUAAUAACAAAAUUAUUCUUCGAUUGAUAUAUAUUUAUUA